CUACGUUCAGCAGUGCCAAUGAAGCUGCGUUGAUGAUUUGGCCGGUGUUUGCUGCUACUGCGCUUGCAGCUCUUGCUGAUGACAGCUGUGACGCGCAGAUUUUUUUGCAGAGCUUUGCCACGCAGGAGCGUCCUGCUGGCAUCUAUGACGCAGGUCCAGUCGCUAUGACGAACUUUGCUGGCCAAAUGCCCUCAGCAGUGAGUCCAAAAACAAGCUGCAGUCAGACGAGUUACUUGCCAUCGGCCAUUGAAAAGAAGUUCAAACUAAACGCGGUUCAGCUCACCAAAGAUCGACAUGUUUUGUGUGGAGCGUUGAAGGGCACAACCGAGGAGUGGCUUGCCAUGAACUUGAAGAAAACACCGGCGACGUCCAAGUCUGACAUUUUUUCGCAGAUUUGCCCCGGCCCCAUGGCGACAAAGCAGGUCAUAGAGCCUCUGGUUGGUUUACUCCGAGACCCCAGAUUUCUUUGCUUGAAAAAACCAGAGUUGUUUACAUUUUCAGUUGACUGGCUGGUUCUGGCAGACAAUAAAAGUUUCCCAUCUACAACAUCCAGCAAUUCGCGCCGUAUUUUCUUCGAUGCAGGUGGGUCGAGAUUUGUCGACGCUUUGAACUUUUUUGUCACCAAAUACGAAGAAAGAGGCAUUGAAAUGGACCAAAUUUAUGUUUGGGAGAUGGAGAAAAAGAAUGCUUCACAAUAUUGGGCUGGGACGCCUGAAGAUGUGCGGGCCAAGUGGGAGCCCCGCCUGACCUGGUACAAUGGUAUUCCUGUAUCGAUCAACGAAGGCGAUAUGCACAACCCUGUACAUCGCAUCCGUGAACUGUGUCGCAUGGGCGACUUUUGUGCGUUCAAAUUAGAUAUCGACACUCCGAAAGUAGAAGGCGCACUGGUUCAACAACUUCUUGAAGACCAUGGCCAUUUGACGGAAUUUUUCUUUGAACACCAUGUUCAAAGUCAUUUGAUGCACCUUUAUUGGCUCCGUGAUAUAAACUUUGACCAGAAUUUUGAACAUAGCUAUGAUCUCUUUUCAGCAUUGCGGGAGAAAGGUCUCCGUGCCCACUCAUGGAUAUAGGUACAAUUACAAUUGGCAACGUCGAAAGGUGUGAAA